CAACGGGUGUGCUUAAACGACAAAGAGACCGAGAGUAAAAAGAUUCUCAUGACGUCACAGGAAGUCACAUGCUGGAGCGGUCCCUUUAAAUAUACGCAUACAUUAACCGCAGUGUUGUGAAUAAGUGAUCAGAAGGUUAAAGAUUAAAUGGAGAACCCAUCGGAGGACCCAUCGUCUCAACUUUUACUCCAUAAUGCCUCCUGCUCCCUCUGUCCCUCAGCGGCAACGCUCUACUUCCUCCCCUCCAUCUACGCGCUCCUCUUCCUCACAGCUCUGCCGGGGAACCUGCUGUCUUUGUGGGUGUUCCUGCGCUGCAUCUCUUCCGUCUCCCCCACGCACGUUUACCUCACCCACCUGAGCAUCUCUAACCUGCUGAUGGCCAUCAUGGUGCCCUUCCUGGCGGUGUACUACGCCAUGGGCACGCGCUGGUCCAUAAGGGACAUCCCGUGUCAGAUAGUCUUGCACGGCAUCACCCCUGUGCUCCACAUCAACAUCUACAUCAGCAUCCUGAUCCUCACCUGGGUGGCGCUCAGCCGGUUCACCGUGCUCAUUCGAAACACCCAACCUUCCCGGCCCAGCGCCUGCAUCUCACUGCUGCCCCACAGCUUCUUCUCGAGCCUCACGCGGGUCUCUUUCGCAAACGGGGUGUGCGCCACACUAUGGGUGAUGGUGGUGGGGGGAAUCGUUCCGGUGACUGUUUACUACUCUAUGAACGAGGCUACAAGAAGUGAGGAGCUGUGCUACAGCCCGAUGGUGGAAACGGGAGGCACCGUGUCUUCAAUCAGCAGCAUUUCCCCUAUAAUCCUGUUCUUCGUCCUCUACCUGCUGGUGCUGGUCUCGUACGUGACCGUCCUGAAGCACUUCAGAAGCUCGCGCCGCAACUCAAUCAUCACCAGCUCGAAGUGCAUGGUGGCGCGGGUUUCCAGAAACAUCGUGGUCAUCCAGAUUGUCCUUUCUUUGUGUCUGCUGCCAUACCACAUCUUCAAACCCAUCUUCAUCAUUCUGGCUCAUUAUCAGCCUUCCUCGCUUCACUCCUGUUCUGCCACCACCUGUCACCCCCUGAGCGUCUUCAUCGAGCUAAAGAACUUCCUGUUUCUGCUCGCCGUUCUGAGAUCCUCCACUGACCCCGUGAUGUACUUCCUGUUGGACAGGACCUUUCGCCAGCAGACCCACAGGCUCCUAAGGAACAACAAGCUGGGCCAAAUGGUGUGGACGACUACGGGGAGUGGAAGUCAGAAAACAGAAAAAGUUGGGGAAGGAAAUGUGAUCUUAUCGAGAGGUGUUAGCUUGUGAAAGAAGUUAACAGGUCAAGUGCGAUAAAUUAGAUGUGCCUGGAUUAUUUCUUAUGCAUUAAAAAAACAGUGAAGCUGAACGUG